UGCUCCGCUUUCGAUCUUUGUUUUGGACGUCACAUGUGACGUAACCAGGAAGGACAAAGUCACUUUAUCCGCAGCCAUCUCACCCUGCAGAAAGCUAAAAACAAAUCUUUUAACAGGUUUAACACCGGUCUCGAUGGUGAUCGUUCAGCAGGCGUGCAACAACAACUAGGUCUGUUUGUGGAGAAAUGUCGCCUUGUAGAGCAGGAUCCUGGAUGUCUGCUGCUGCCGCAGUGACCGUGUUUCUGUUGGGUGCGGCGGGUUUUGCAGAAGCCAAGAACUUUGAGGAUGUCCGCUGUAAGUGCAUCUGCCCACCAUACAGGAACAUCUCUGGAAACAUCUAUAACAUAAACGUCACCCAGAAAGAUUGCAACUGCCUCCAUGUGGUGGAUCCCAUGCCAGUUCCUGGCCACGAUGUCGAAGCUUACUGCCUGCUGUGUGAGUGCAAGUACGAGGAGCGAAGCAGCAACACCAUAAAGGUGACCAUCAUCAUGUACCUGUCCGUCGUCGGGGCUCUGCUUCUCUACAUGCUGUUUCUGCUGCUGGUUGAUCCGCUUAUCCGCAAACACGACCCCUACAUUCAGCCUCUGCACAACGAGGAGGACUCGGAGGAGAUGCGUCCCCGCGCAGACCCCGGGCUGGCCAGAGGAAACACGGUGCUGGAGCGGGUUGAAGGGGCACAGCAGCGCUGGAAGAAGCAGGUGCAGGAGCAGCGCAAGACUGUUUUUGACCGCCACAAGCUGCUGAGUUAAACCUCGACUAGCUUCAGUGUAAAAAAAAGUAAUAAUAAUCGUCCCGGGCUCAGUACUAUUACACCUGCUGCACUAUUUCAAACCUAGCUGUUAUCGAUGUUCAAUGCAAUGACUGUAUGACUUAAAAACUUUAAAGAUGCUUAUCUAACAAGCAGAUGGUUUAUAAUCUUGUAAUUUGUGAGAUAAUCACUGUAACAUAAGCUAAGAUGCAGCUGUGAAACAAAAACCUGUGUUGCACAUUCUUAGAGUAAAUAUAUUCUCAGUUAUUUUAAGCUGCUUCAAUGCAUGAGAUUUUGAAUGUCUUUUUAAAUCACUUGUAUGUAGGGUCCUUGUAAUUCCUGUAAAGAGCUUUCCUUUUUGUUUUGUUUAUAAAUGCCCAUAGUUCUCUUCUUGCAUGCUGUUUUAAAGGUUAUCUCACAAAAACAAGCACACCUAGGUUAGUUUUGGUCACAGUGCUGAGACAAUUGCCAAAUAGUCCAUAUUUUCUGGUUUAGCGUUAGUCAUUUAUUGGUUUGCAGCAUUUGAGCAUGUUCACAUUUAACUUGUUGGUAUUUUUCACCUUAGGGUGUAACUUUUCCUGCUCUCUCACGCUUUAUGAAAAGGUAUUUCAUCAAACCAAAAUGAAGAUUUGUCUGUAAACGUUUCUCCAUACAAUAGAGUGCAGUCAGCCAAGGGAUGCUUUGAUACUUUAAAUUAGAAGCUCUGCAAUUAUGAAUGUGUUCAUAUGAAAAAGUUCCCUUGUUAAAGUUGUCCUUUACUCAGAGAGCAAUUAUCACAAAGCCUGAAGAUAUUCUAGAACCAAAAAAAAAAAUCAUAAAAGCAUUAAACAUAGUAAAUAACAAUUAGCCUUUCAAUGACUUGUCAAAGCAAACACAGGCAGCCUUUGGAGCCACCCCUCUGUAGAACAGAGUUAUCAUUCCCAUACAGUAUAUGGAUGAUGACAAGGCAUAUGCAACAGCAAACCAAGACUGCUAGUUGUUGUGAACAGAAAACAAUUUAGAUUUUUUUAAGCCCGUUUUUUGUGAAACUAUGUUAAAUGUUGCCUGCUUUGACUGCAGAGAAACAAUGAACGCUCUUAGUUUCCUAACAGCCUUCAUCAUUACAGAUAACUGUACCCAUGGUGGCCCAAGGUUGUGUGAGCACAAAGCGGAAUGUGAUUUGGGGCUCCUCUUCCGAUUAAGAACAUCACCACAGCAAUCAGAGAUAAUUGGUUAUUAUUUGCUAAGAUGUGUUUGUGAGCAAACCGAGCGCAAACUCAGAUUAAAAGAUUAAACUUGUAGCGCCAGGUUGUUCACACGAAAAUCACACAUUUGUACUUUCAAGAAGUGAACUUGCCAAUUUCUUUUACUCUUAAAUUUUAAGCAAUUUAGUAUAUUAUCUUUGUUAAAAUUCAAGCAUUUGUUGAAAGCUGCAGAAAUGAUUUUUCACAUGGGAACAAAUAUCAUAGCCGUGACCUACACAUUCCAAACACAACUGAUAAAGAAUAAAACAUUAAAAUUAUGAAAAAAUACCAUUUACAAUUGUUCUUUGGUCUAUUGUAGGAAUAUAGUUUAGCUUCUAAAGUUAGCCUACCAAACUUUGCUUGUAGGAAAAUAAGACCUUAAAUUCACCCCUGGAUGAGUCACAUUUCAGCUGCUGGAGACUGAAGACUGUCACCGAGGCGCUGCUUGUCGUGGCAGAAUCAGGGCGCCUCAUGGAUAUAAAAAAGAGUGUUUGUUUUUUUUCUUGAUUUAUUUAUGAACCAAAGCUGCCAGGUUGGGAAUUUUGAUCUGUCGAAGACGGGCACACUUUCUCACAAGAUUUUGUUCGUUGGCUUGACCUGCUGAUGUUUAGUUGUCUGUAAUUGUUUGGUUUUUAUCCAUUAUUAUUACAUUAUUAUUAUUAUUAUUAUUAUUAUUAUUAUUAUUAUUUAAAAUGUUAUUUCAUAUCACUUUCUUUUUAUUUAUGCAUAGAAAAGAUUGUAAUGAUUUACUAUUGUGAAGAAAUCCAGUGGAAAUUAGCUAUUUCUCGGUGUUGUUUAAUCACUUUGCAGCUGUCAGAUUCCACUUUACAUUCAUAGCAACUACUGAUUGGUUAGGAAAUAUCUGCUCUGUUCAUAAAGUUCUACAAAUUAAUGCCAAGAUAUACUAAAUAAAGUUGUUCUGGUGUCACAAUGUGACAAAAGGCAUAGCUCAGGUUUGGUUUGUGGUAGUAUAUUUCCGUUAAAAUAUUCACCCAUUUGUAUUUGUAUCUCUAUCGUCCGAAUAUUGUUCUGAAAGUGUUUUCACACUUAGCAACUCCACGUUUCAAUAAAAGAAAAAUAAACUUUUAA